GAUGCCAAGUGCAUGACAAACCGAAGAAAAAUCAUCUGCCCCCGGGAAAGCGUAGCGACGUCCGGUAACUGUCCAGCGCCGGUGAAGACCCGAGCUCCAAGUUCCAAGAGUGCCGCAGUAGCCCGUACUCGAGUGCGCCGAUCGGUCGACGGGAUUCGGCCCGGAGCAGCCAAGAUUACCCCCGGGCGCAAGCGUCGACGUUCCCCCGGCAGCGAGCAUCCACCGGCCACACUUAUGAAAAAGUACUUCCUCAACAAAAUGUCCACCGGCAAGCGUCUGGCGAAGCGCUCGAUCGUGGGUACGCGGGUGUGCGCGCCCGGUACCGACGGCAUCUGGUACUCGGGCAAGAUCGAGUUCGUGAAGACGGCCGCCGACCAGAAGCCGGAGGGCGGUGCGGCCGGCACCGGUGGCAGCGUCAUUCCCGGCCUGACCACGCCGGCCCGCUACACGGUGCUGUUCGACAACACCACGGACGUGGCCGGGCUCGGGCUGGCGCGGGAGUUCCGCGAGACCGAGCUGAUCGGGCCCGGCUUCCGGACGAUCGCCGACGUUAAGCUGAAGCCGGGCCAGAAGGUCUUCCUGACCUACAACGGGCGCGAGAAUGCCGGCGAGGUGAUCACGCACGACGACACGAAGGACGAGGUGAAGGUGCGCAUCACGGUCGGCUCGACGAACGCGGGCGCUCAGGAGGCUCCGAUCGAACUGACCAAGCGUCUCGAGGAAGUGCGUCUGCUGGAGUCGCGCCGCUCGCUGCGACUGGCCGUCCAGGAGAAGGAUACGGACUUUGCCCGGCUGGCGGAUAUGGCCGGUGACAGACGGAGACAAUCAAGCAGCAUCGAUGUGCCAUUCUCACUGACGCAACAGAACGGAUCUCGCAAACGACGACCCUCGUACUCGCAGGACGAUCGAGAGUACUUCAGUAUUAACGACGACGAUCCGAUGGAUGAAUGCAACGCCGCGCUGGUACUUAUGAGUUUGUCCUGCUCGCCGAACUCAUCCGCACAUGGUUACGAUACACUGCUUGGCACCAGCUCCGGCUCGAGCACCACGUCCUGGAGCACCGGAUCGACCUCGCCGCCGCUGAGCGAGGAUGGACAUUCCACACCGCCGACCCACCACCACCAUCACGAGCUGAACCACCACCACCAUCAUCACCAUCACACGAGCAACCACCACAAUGGGCGCCAUCAGGCGGUGGGCGAGAUUGUGCGUGGCGCACGCACCACCUCCCUGUCGACCUCGGACGAGGGCAUCGGCAUGGAGUACAACGAGGAUAUGCCCCGGAAGCGUCGGGCCAGUCAGCGAAUCUUUAAAUGCACCUGGAAAGGUUGUGGUCUCAACUACUCUACAUGCGCCGAGAUCACUUCACACGUUAGGAACGCACAUCUUGGACCACGCAAGCCGAACGAGUACAGCGACGAGGAGGACUUCUUCUUCACCGAAACCGAGGAUGAGAGCGACGAGAGCGCCCCGAAUCCACCCUCGCCACCGACGCUGAGCCACCGCGACAUGGCCCGCCCGCCGCACGAGGACCCGGAGUACCAGCGCCAGAUCGUUGGCAACUACCGGCAGGGGCUGCUGUCUCAGACGCAGGCCCUCCAGCAGCAUGCCGCCGCCGCCGCCCACCAGCAACAGCAGCAGCAGCAGCAGCAGCAGCAACUUCAGGCGCAGCAGUUGGCCUCCAUCAAGCCGCCGCUGCCGGCCGGCCUGACGGUGGCGGCCCUCAGCAGCAACGGCGCGUCAUCGUCGGCGUCGUCGGCGUCGAGCAACGGGACCGGCAGCUCGAACGGCAGCACCAACGGCACGAGCAAUACCCACAGCAGCGUUUCGCCACUGAUCCACCACAAUUACACCUGGUCGCAGGUGAGCCCGACAUCGCCCCAGAAGCACGUGCGGCUCUCGCCCCGCCCGUCGGCCUCGUAUCCGUACCCGUCGCCGAACUACCAGCACCACUACCAGGCGCAGGCCGCCCAGCAGCAGCAGCAGCACCACCAGCAGCAGCUCGGCCACAUCCAGCUGUCACCGGGCAGCGGCAGCGCCACGGGCACCAGCGGCACCGCCGCCUACCACCAGCUGCUGGCCGGUGCGGCCGCCGCCAGCGCCGGCGCCGUCUCGCUCGGCUCCUACAGCACCAGCUCGAGCUCGAGCGCGGGCAGCGUCGGCAGCGGCGGCCAGCACCGUUCGCCGGUGUCGCCGAACCGUCGGACGCGCGGCGAGAACAAGAAGUGCCGCAAGGUGUACGGCAUGGACCACAAGGACCAGUGGUGCACGCAGUGCAAGUGGAAGAAGGCCUGCAGCCGGUUCGGCGACUGAUCCAAGCCGGCCUCCGGCAGCAACCGCAAAGCAGCAGCAGCAGCAA